UAUCGAAGACUACGGUGUCAAAGUGCGGACACUUUUCGUCAGCUGUGUGCUAACAGAGUACACGACCUUUCGGCUGUCGACUAUACACGCUUGAUAUGUCGUGUUUGUUUAUACACAAACAUGAUGACAGGACACUUGGAUCUCACAUUGGCAAAAUUAUGGUUACUCGGUGUUUGCAUCACGUAGGGUAAUUCUUCGCAUGAAAAAUAGAGAGGAAUGGGAUUCUUUGUGACAUCUACCGGGAUGAUGAUCAACUACGUAGUGUAUCUCAACUGAUUCUAGUAGAAUCUCUUUUUAUAUUGCAAAUUUUACUCGGACUUUCAUGAGACACACUAGCAACGCUUCUAGAGUACAUGUUAGUAUGUGUGAUCAAGUGUUAUCUCGUUACACAUGUCAGAAAUGGACAACUGCGCAUAUGAAGCGCGAAUCUGAAAUUUUCAAAUUACAAAAUUUAUGACUGCACACAUUUGUCAAAAAUUCCAUAAUUAUUGUCUUAUAUGUAAAAUACAAUAUAACUGAAUAAUUUAUUUCAUCGUGGAUUUAAAUUGAUUGGAAUCAUUUAUAAAACUUCGAUGGAGGUUAAUUCUCCAGUUCCCGCCUAAAUUUUAUUGGAGCAAACACAAUAUUAUAGUUCAUUGUUACUGCUAAUAAAUCUUGCCGUACUAUUCAGAAUGAAAUUUAAAUGCAGAAUGGUAGACGUAAUCGCGAUGAGAGACUUUACGAAUAUCGUUAAUAUCAUUUCUCGAAUAACGAAACAAUGUACGCUGCGGUUGACACCGAACGACUUGUGUUUUAGCGUCAAUGACGAUCGAGUAUCGAUGAUCUGGGCAGAAUUAUCUCAAACCCAUUUUUUUACCGAAUACAUAAUGAAUGGCGUAACCGAAGAACAAAAUGAAAUUUAUUUAGAAUUUGAUCCUUCGAUGCUUGCUAGAUCGUUGGGUUCUUUACGAAUGACAGCAAAAAGCGUAAAAAUUAAAUUAACGAAUAAGCGUCAACCUUGUCUCACUCUCGAAAUCGAACUACCUUCACUGAGCAUUGAAUCUAGACAAUGUUUACACGAUGUCCCUGUAAGAGUUAUACCGCGAAGGGAAUGGGUAGAACAUCACACACCAAAUAUACCAGAAUUUCAUAUAUCAGUUGACAUGCCUCAGCUGAAACACGUAAAACAUAUUGUAGAGAGAAUGAAGAACAUGAGUCCAACAAUGACAUUAAGUGCUGACAAGUCUGGUGGAUUCACAUUGCAAGUUGAAACAGACAGUGCAUCUAUUUCCACGCACUUUCAGAAUAUGCAGGUGUGGAGCUGCAGUCAAGAACAGGAUGAUGACAAAGUAUCGGUCGUCAUUGAUAUUAGAAAGUUCUUUAUGUUUUUGGGAUGGGACAUUGUACAUCCUGAUGGUGUUAAGUGUAACAUGCUUCAAGAUAGGAUGAUAAACUUGUUUCUUCAUGUAGCGGAUUAUCUUAAAAUACAUUAUUUUAUUCCUGCGGUAGCUACUUGAAUCAUCGCGUUAAUUAUAAGCGUUU